UUGAAGCGACAGUGCUAAGGAAGUCACAUUAAAACCGUACCAAGUGGCUGGCUACGCGGUCUCACCAAUAGUUGGGAUAGGCUCCAGGUCACCCGUGACCCUCAAGAGGGUAAGCGCAACAGAAGAUGGAUGGAUAUUAAGAGGUGUGUUUGUCCUGAUAGUCAUGUCAUCAAAACAAUUCUUCUCAAAGCGAUGUGUUGGCAUACCAACAGCACAUUCGAAUGAACCUGCCGGGAUGACGCUUGAGGCAAGAUGAUGGUGACGCUAAAGAGGAUGAGGGCGUAGUAAGCGAGCCACAAGACCUGCCCCUCCUUUCUGGGAGUAUAUGACAUGGAGAAGUAUCUCAAAGGUGUGCAUUCAGUUUAGCGGCAUAUAAAAAUGAUCACCAUGCCAAUCAAGUAAAAACUGGAUCGACUGAUUUUAUACGCGCUCUGCUUUCUAUGCAAGUCCUCCUGCCAAAUGGAACUUUUCAGAGUUGAAACUGACAUUAAGGAAUACACCAACACCGCCAACUCCUCCCUCCGCCUCUCUGAAAACCACUAAAUCACUGGACAGCGUGGUUGGGUAACAGGCAUUUUAUCCUUGAUACUACUCUAAGGUGGAUACAACGUCUUGGGCCAAAAGCUUACCAAGAAUGGGCAUCAUCUCGUAGAUUUUUGACCAGGAGAAGUAUCAAGACACAUUUGAAAUCAAGAAGGCAAAGACACCAACAUGUCUUUGGGAGCUUUGAGGGAGAAGAUGCUAAAGUCUGAGACAGCAGAAGUGAAGUCAACAGUGGUCAACUCUUUGGGGAAACUGCAUAGGAAACUCGAUGGCAGCAAUGUAGAAGAGCAAAGACACUUUGAACUGACAGAAGAUGGGCGUCCGGUGGCCUCCACAUCUCGUUCCGCUCCACUGCUGGACUGUAGCUGUGGCGGUCUGCCCAAGCGUUACAUCAUCGCCAUCCUCAGUGGUCUGGGCUUCUGCAUCUCCUUUGGCAUCCGUUGUAACCUCGGUGUUGCAAUUGUGGAGAUGGUGAACAACAACACCGUAUAUGUGAAUGGAACUGAAGUACUCCAGAAAGCUGAGUUCAACUGGGACCCAGAGACAGUUGGACUUAUCCAUGGCUCUUUCUUCUGGGGCUACAUCGUCACUCAGAUUCCCGGUGGCUUCAUCUCAAACAAGCUUUCUGCUAACAGGGUGUUUGGCGCUGCCAUUUUCUUGACGUCAGUGCUGAAUAUGUUUAUCCCAUCUGCAGCGAGGGUUCACUAUGGCUGUGUCAUGUUUGUUCGCAUCCUGCAGGGCUUAGUUGAGGGUGUGACCUACCCAGCGUGCCAUGGGAUGUGGUCAAAAUGGGCCCCACCUCUUGAACGCAGUCGAUUGGCCACUACAUCCUUCUGUGGAUCCUAUGCAGGAGCCGUGAUCGCCAUGCCUUUGGCUGGUGUAUUGGUUCAGUACAUUGGGUGGCCGUCAGUCUUUUACAUCUAUGGUGUUUUUGGAAUCCUGUGGUAUGUCCUGUGGCUUUUGUUGGCCUAUGGAAGUCCUGCUGUGCAUCCAACAAUCACGGAUGAGGAAAGAACAUACAUUGAGUCCACCAUUGGCGAAACAAUUCACCACCAGAAUGUGACUCAGGCAAGUAAACAGGUAUCAGAUACAUUGAUCAUUUCGUACAGUAUGUCGACGUUGCUUUUUUUUGUUCACCUCUUACACGAUAAGAAAUUCAAGACACCGUGGCGCCGUUUCUUCACUUCCAUGCCAGUCUACGCCAUCAUUGUGGCCAACUUUUGUCGCAGCUGGACCUUCUACCUGCUUCUCAUUAGCCAGCCGGCAUAUUUUGAAGAGGUCUUUGGGUUCCCAAUCAGCAAGGUAGGCAUCCUGUCUGCCGUGCCGCACAUGGUGAUGACUAUCGUUGUUCCAAUUGGAGGACAGCUGGCGGACUUCCUGCGUAGUAACAAAAUCAUGACCACUACGAAUGUGAGGAAACUAAUGAACUGUGGAGGCUUUGGAAUGGAGGCUACUCUGCUUCUGGUGGUCGGCUUUUCACACACCCGUGCUGUGGCCAUUUCUUUUUUGGUGCUUGCUGUGGGCUUCAGUGGAUUUGCCAUAUCAGGCUUUAAUGUCAAUCAUCUGGAUAUUGCUCCUCGCUAUGCCAGCAUCCUGAUGGGCAUUUCCAAUGGUGUGGGAACACUGUCUGGAAUGGUGUGUCCCGUGAUUGUUGGAGCCCUGACCAUUCAUAAGACCCGUCUUGAGUGGCAGAAAGUCUUUGUUAUCGCGUCCAUGGUGCACUACACAGGGGUCAUUUUCUACGCUAUCUUUGCCUCGGGAGAACAACAGGACUGGGCCAACCCUGAGAGCACGUGUGAAGAAAAAUGUGGCUUUGUCGAAGAGGACGAGCUCGCUGAAGAAUCUGAGCUCAACAGCGAUAGCAUGACAGCUCCCAAAAUGAGUUACGGAACGACCGAUAAUGCGUCAGGUCAGAGACACGGCUGGACAAAGAAGAGAGGGGUGACCAUGCAAGAGGAGGACGAACAUUACACUAAUGGAGAACCUCAGAAUGGAUACCAGUGAGCAGUUUGGUGCACAUGAAGACUUUCACACUUUGGUGACGAUAUUAUUAUGUACCUCAAUCAACUUUCAUCGACUUAUGUGAAAACACCAGUUUCAGAGUUAUGAGUUGUCUGUGAAAGCAAAUUGUUACAGAAGAAGAAAAGCUUAAAAUGUUGUAGCUUGAUAAGUACUUUAGAACUCAUUUGUCUUGUCACAUGUCAAGUGUCACCUAUGCAACAUGCACUCUGGAUUUGAUAGCAGACCAUAAAGAUAAGUGCGUUGCUUUUGCUUGAAUGCUAUUGAGGAAUGAAAACAUGAGCGAUCCCUGCACAAUGUACUAAUAAUCCAAUACAAGAGCUGUAUCUAA